GAGAAAUUCAUUGAUGGAGAUAAACAUGGCCAGUUCGAGUAAAGCGACUUUAAUCUUGCUCAUCUACGGAAUCUUAAUGCACUACAGCGUCUUCUGCACACCUAUCGGACUAAGUUACCCUAAGAUUAGACUUGAAAACGACGCCUUCGAUGAGGAUGGGAAUUCAUUAUCCGACAUGGGUUUUGAUAGCGAUCAGAUUGCUAUACGGAGCCCACCAUCCCUAAACGACGACGCGUACACUCUAUACUACCCACCAGAGAAGAGACCAGAAAGGCAUGCUGAGGAAGAAUUAGAUAGAGCCUUGAGGGAGAUCCUGGGUCAGUUAACAGCGAGACAUUAUCUGCAUUCUCUGAUGACAAUUCGUGCAGGUGAUGACAACAGUAUGGAGGACGAGUCAGAGCCCUUAUCCAAAAGACAUUCAGAUGGCAUCUUCACCGACAGCUACAGUCGCUAUAGAAAGCAGAUGGCCGUGCAGAAAUACCUGGCAGCCGUUCUGGGAAGAAGGUACAGACAGAGAGUUAGGAACAAAGGACGCCGACUUGCCUAUUUGUAGCGUUGUUAAAGCGCCCAAACUGCCCUCCUGUGUAUAUACAUCCAGUCGUUAAAUCAAAGUCAUUCAGAUAUAUCUGACCAACCAGUGGAUUGCGCCUGUGUUCUUUCAACAUGUAUUUAUGUAUGAAGUAAAGCCAUUAAAAUGAAUAUUUUAAUAAUAAUAUCGUUUUUUUUCUUUUUGUACAAAAGCACUUGAUACCGCACAGUUAUACUUUGUGGACCAAUAUUUUAUUUUCAUGUUUAAGAUGUUGAAAAGUUAAAAAAAACAACAAAAAAAACAAAAUGACUUACAAAAAAGAAGAAGAAAGAAAUCAGAAAAAAAAAGCUAAUUGUGCACCUUCAACGUUAUGCGCUUGAAAUCUUUAAAGGUCAUCUACAUAUGCAGAAAAUAAAUAGAUUUUAAAAAGACAAUCAAAGUAUUGAAUGUUAUACUUAUUUUUGUAACCAACGUUCUAUUUUUUUAGUGUUGUUUGUUUUCCAAAACAGGCCCAAAGAAGCAGUGAGCAUGCUCUGUGAGGCAUAUCAGGCAUAUCCUAAAUGAUAGAUGUUGCCCUUGUACACCCUUCUCCUCGCUCUCCUUAAUGGGAGCUCUGUGGGUUUGUAUAGCUUGCUGCCCCUCCAGGGCAAUUCAGAUGGCUUCUGCCUCUCAUUUGACGGAUAACUGAUUGGCUGACACAGUCAAUCAUGUGUAAAACUGGUGGUAAAAAUCCAAACCCUUGUUUAAGACAUAAAUUUAAUCGCAGGCUUUUACAAGGGCGUUAUUGCCUUGACUAAAGAUAAAGGGAAGCACUCUGAAAAGUAUGCGGCGAACACUGCUUGCUCACUUGCCUCAAAGUCAUUUCCUGCAGGAGAUAAAUCAUGCUCCAUAGGACUGUGUAAAGAAUGUUCCAUAUGUGUGUAUCAUGUACAGUAUAGAAAUCACACAGUGCACAUAUUCAUCUCAAUGUUGUCUGUGUUCAGUCAACAGAAAUAUUUGGAGGAAUGUGCUUCAACUGUUGAUUGUAUUUGGGCAGCACUACAAAAUAUUCAGACAAAGGACCCAGAACAUGUAAGAUGCAGGAAAUGAAGCAUUUUUUGGACAACAAGUGGAGAGGAAAGGUAGCAUAUGAGUUACAGUUAAGAAUAUUUAUCUUAUUUCUUAUUUAUUGGUGCAUGUGGAAAUGGACACCUUUGCUAAUUUCGCUUAGAAACUGCAUGCCAUCGUGCUUUUUUUGGAUUGUGCUAUUUGGGAGGUGGGCUGUGUAAGCCUAUUUCAGCACCACUUGUCCCUCAGAUGUGUUGGGAAUGUGAACAAGGAGGGCUAGAGGUGGUGGAAACUGGUACUGCACUGACUUGUUGAAUCUUAACCUCCCCUGCUGCUGUCAUUGUGGAUAUCAUAAGACAAGACACUGGACCCCCUUUUUGCUGAUUGCCUUGUGUCCUGGUAGCGUUUUUUUAGAAAUUAGUUUGCUUCUAGAUCACUGUGCUAAAUAGUUGAUUUGACAGUGCUGUGAUUCUUCGUUAAGACAAGCCGAUCUGUGUUAGAUGUCCUCUUGGGGUAUGUGAAGUGAGGGUGUGAUAAAGAGCUGACGAGAGUGUUAGGGUGAGAUAGAGAGAGGUAUGAAUGGAGAGGACGAGAGAGCAGGAGACAGAAAAAAAGAGAUCAUGUGUGUGUGAGAAAGAAAGCAAAUUUGGCUGUUACGUAAGAGACAGGUUACAGCACCCACCCACAAGCCUAAGAGAGGCUGUCGCACCUGGAUACAGAAACAAACAAGAGGCGCCGCCACUUCUCCUCAACUUCCAAAGGGAGAUCAGGGUCAAUGAGUCAGAUAGAAAAUAUCAGAUGUUGAAUUCCCUUCACUUUGGUAACAGCAAACGGAUUAACAGCAUGUGAGCGAAGCUGGACGAGGCCACUCUCAGUUUCCUUCUUAGACCCUCUAGCAGAGGGGUCUUCCCACUGACUUUUAUUAGGAAGAUAUCAUAUGUAUUUUAUUCAAUAUUAUGCAAAUGCAGCUUUAUGCACCCCUGUAAUCUAAUCAGUGGCCUGCGCCCUCCUCCUCCCCUCCACAUAGAAAUUCUCAAUACACUCUUCAAUUUGGUUUUAUCCUACAGGCUUUGUGUGAAUGUGUGCACGGAUGUAGACGGAUGUUUGCGUAUCAGUGCGCAUCUCCGUUCAUGCACAGAAGUGUGUGUGUGCAGUUGAUGUUUGUUUGCGCGUGUGUGUUUGUGUGUGUGUGUGUGUGUGAGCGCGCAUGCAGAGGUGGAAUCAGCUUUUGGCUUUGGUGCCUUGCUUUGACGUGAGAAAAAAUAAAAAAUAAAAACAAAAAAUAAAAAAUGAAAAAAUUCGCCACAAGUGACAGAUGGCAAUUUUAGUGGCCCUACAAUGCUGCAGUCCAUUAGCUUACACUGAAACUUCCUUUUACUCUGUUUAAUCGCUCGGCUUAGUCUGCCCAAGAGUAGUAGAAUUAGGCUUUCUUUUGAAGCAUGGCCAAUGAUUCAUUGAGUAAAAAAAAAAAACUAUAUAAAAAAAAAA